GGAAAUUGUCAGCAGUGUUAUUGUUGCUAGUGGGGACUGUUGUGUUGUGAAAAUGGCGACGCCUCGUCGCUCCUCUCAGCAGCAGCAGCCAAACUCCCUGCUAUCCUCCCCGCCCCGCGGCUCCUCUCUGCCCGUCACCCCGCCCGGCUCUCCGCCGGCACCCACCGACGAUGCCGCCCCGCUUUCCCGCGGAGCCGGGAUGGACAGCGCGGCUGACGGUGAGGCAACCCCUGCCUCCCCCAGCAGCACCUCCCCAGCUCUGGCCCUCACCGCCAGCAGCAGCAGCAGCAGCACUAGCAGUAGCGCUAGCUCCCCGACCACCACCGAGGGCAGCGGGACCAGCCCCGGCUCUACGCCCGACUCAGGCAGCGGUGACGCGGGCAGCAGCAGUGGCAGCAGUGGGGGCAGUGGUGGUUCAAACGGGGCGUUCAGGGAGCUGUUUGAAGCCUGUCGAAACGGGGAUGUUUCCAGGGUGAAGAAGCUGGUGGAUGCGGUGAAUGUGAACGCCAAAGACAUGGCAGGACGCAAAUCGACACCCCUGCAUUUCGCUGCAGGUUUUGGGCGAAAAGACGUGGUGGACCACCUGCUUCAGACAGGCGCUAACGUGCACGCACGGGAUGAUGGGGGUCUGAUCCCGCUUCACAACGCCUGCUCAUUUGGUCACUCAGAGGUGGUGUCCCUGUUGCUGUGUCAGGGGGCCGACCCUAACGCUCGAGACAACUGGAACUACACACCACUGCAUGAAGCUGCCAUUAAAGGCAAGAUAGAUGUCUGUAUAGUGUUACUGCAGCAUGGAGCCGACCCCAACAUCCGCAACACCGACGGCAAGUCCGCCCUGGACCUGGCUGAACCCUCCGCCAAGGCCGUGCUCACAGGUGAAUACAAGAAGGAUGAGCUGCUGGAGGCGGCGAGGAGCGGAAACGAGGAGAAGCUAAUGGCCUUGCUCACUCCGCUCAACGUCAACUGCCACGCAAGCGACGGCCGCAAGUCCACUCCACUCCACCUGGCUGCAGGAUACAACAGGGUGAGGAUAGUUCAGCUGUUACUACAACAUGGAGCAGAUGUUCACGCCAAGGACAAAGGUGGUCUGGUGCCUCUACAUAAUGCCUGCUCCUAUGGACACUAUGAAGUUACUGAGCUGCUGCUAAAGCAUGGAGCGUGUGUGAAUGCCAUGGAUCUGUGGCAGUUCACCCCACUCCAUGAGGCAGCGUCUAAAAACAGAGUGGAGGUCUGCUCCCUGCUGCUGAGCCACGGGGCCGACCCGACCCUGCUUAACUGCCACAGCAAGAGCUCCGUGGACAUGGCGCCCACUCCCGAGCUGAAGGAGAGGCUUACAUAUGAGUUCAAGGGCCACUCGCUGCUUCAAGCCGCUCGCGAAGCUGACAUGGCCAAGGCUAAGAAGACCUUGGCGCUUGAGAUCAUCAACUUCAAACACCCGCACACACAUGAGACUGCGCUGCAUUGUGCAGUUGCAUCGCCGCACCCCAAGAGGAAACAGGUGACGGAGCUGCUGUUGAGGAAAGGCGCCAACGUAAAUGAGAAGAAUAAAGAUUUCAUGACUCCUCUCCAUGUGGCGGCAGAACGUGCUCAUAAUGACAUCAUGGAGGUGCUACAGAAACACGGUGCCAAGGUGAACGCCCUGGACACGCUGGGUCAGACGGCGUUGCACCGAGCAGCUAUGGCAGGCCACCUACAGACCUGCAGGCUGUUGCUAGGAUACGGGGCAGACGCCUCGCUGGUGUCACUGCAGGGCUUCACUGCUGCUCAAAUGGGAAAUGAAGCUGUUCAGCAAAUACUCAACGAGAACGUCCCGGUGAGAAACUCAGAUGUGGACUACAGACUUCUGGAAGCUGCUAAAGCCGGAGACCUGGAUACAGUCAAGUCGCUGUGUACGGCUCAGAAUGUGAAUUGCAGAGAUCUGGAGGGGAGACACUCCACCCCCCUUCACUUUGCGGCCGGCUACAACAGAGUGUCAGUGGUGGAGUACCUGCUGCACCACGGGGCUGACGUGCACGCCAAGGACAAAGGUGGUCUGGUUCCCCUCCAUAACGCCUGUUCAUACGGUCACUACGAGGUGGCCGAGCUGCUGGUCAGACACGGAGCCUCGGUCAACGUGGCCGACCUGUGGAAGUUCACGCCGCUCCAUGAAGCAGCUGCCAAGGGCAAAUAUGAGAUCUGCAAGCUGCUGCUCAAGCAUGGAGCGGACCCCACCAAGAAGAACCGAGACGGGAACACACCUCUGGACUUAGUGAAGGACGGGGACACCGACAUCCAGGACCUGCUGAGAGGAGACGCUGCGCUGCUCGAUGCCGCAAAGAAAGGCUGCCUGGCUCGGGUGCAGAAGUUAUGUAGCCCCGACAACAUAAACUGUCGGGAUACGCAGGGACGCAACUCAACACCUCUGCACCUCGCAGCCGGCUAUAACAACUUGGAGGUGGCGGAGUAUCUGUUGGAACAUGGAGCUGAUGUGAACGCACAGGACAAAGGAGGGCUGAUACCAUUACACAAUGCUGCUUCAUAUGGGCACGUGGACAUAGCCGCCCUCCUGAUCAAGUACAACACGUGCGUCAACGCCACGGACAAGUGGGCGUUCACGCCCCUCCACGAAGCGGCCCAGAAGGGGCGGACUCAGCUCUGCGCUCUGCUGUUGGCCCAUGGAGCCGAUCCCACCAUGAAGAACCAGGAGGGACAGACGCCGCUGGACUUGGCAACGGCCGAUGACAUCAGAGCAUUGCUGAUUGAUGCCAUGCCACCAGAUGCCCUGCCAAGCUGUUUGAAACCCCAGGCCACUGUGGUAAGUGCAAGUGUGGUGAGUACAGGUGCAGCAGGGGGCGUGGUCAUCUCUCCCUCUCCAUCCCCGUCAUGCCUGUCUGCGGCCAGCAGCAUAGACAACCUGACCACGCCCCUCAGUGAUAUCACUGUGGGCGGGGCCACUGGACCAGCAGAUGGAGCGUCUGGGUCUGAUCGGAAGGAAGGAGAAAGUACGUGCACUCUGCUCGACAUGACCAUCAACCAGUUCUUGAAGAGUCUAGGGUUGGAACACCUCCGAGACAUCUUCCAGCGGGAACAGAUUUCUCUGGAUGUGCUGGCAGACAUGGGUCACGAGGAGCUGAAAGAGAUCGGCAUCAACGCUUAUGGUCACAGACACAAACUCAUCAAGGGCAUCGAGAGGCUGCUGGGAGGCCAGCAAGGUGCAAACCCAUACCUGACAUUCCACUGCUCCAGCCAGGGCACCGUGCUGAUCGACCUGGCGCCAGACGACAAGGAGUUCCAGUCUGUGGAGGAGGAGCUACAGAGCACUAUCAGAGAACACCGCGAUGGAGGCAACGCAGGUGGAGUGUUCAGCCGGUACAACAUCAUAAAGAUUCAGAAGGUGGUGAAUAAGAAGCUACGGGAGAGAUACGCACACAGACAAAAGGAAAUAGCAGACGAGAAUCACAACCAUCACAACGAGCGAAUGCUUUUUCACGGUUCUCCCUUCAUCAACGCCAUCAUCCACAAGGGCUUUGACGAGCGACAUGCCUACAUCGGCGGCAUGUUCGGCGCCGGGAUCUAUUUCGCAGAGAACUCAUCUAAAAGCAACCAGUAUGUUUAUGGGAUUGGUGGAGGCACAGGAUGUCCCACCCACAAAGACCGCUCCUGCUACGUGUGCCACAGGCAGAUGCUGUUCUGCAGAGUGACGCUGGGUAAGUCGUUUCUUCAGUUUAGUGCGAUGAAAAUGGCCCACGCCCCCCCGGGACACCACUCGGUUAUAGGACGACCCAGUGUCAACGGACUGGCGUAUGCAGAAUAUGUCAUCUACAGAGGGGAGCAGGCUUACCCAGAAUACUUGAUCACCUACCAGAUUGUGAAGCCGGAGAGUCUGGCCACGCCUGCUGCCCCCUCCGAGCAGAAGUCCUAAAAUGCAAUCACAGCUGGUGCCGCAGAAGGCCAAACCGCAACGGACUAGAGUCACUCUGUAAGAGGACUGCAACUGAACUAGAGGGUGUUUCAAACCUCAGCCCAAAAUUAAAGUCUCCAGAGUUGAACUUGAGGUGGGCAAGGUGACGUUUCGACCAGGCAGUAGUCAGACGACCCUCGGAAAACGGGCCUGAUGUGUCUAAAAAGGAGAAGAGGAGGAGGAUGAGUCUCGGGGUGUGAUACAUGCUCGGUCCAAAGCAGCGGGCAGCAAAAUCUAUCAGCUUCUUUAAUUAAUUGGGUCUAAUUUUGCAGGAGAAAAUGCAAUGGGUUUGAUCAACAUUUUCUGGAAGUGUACCAGUAAGCUGUUUUUUAAAUUUGCAGGCCUUUGGCUUUAUCCUGAAAACAAUUAAGGAAGCAAUUACAACAGGACACAGUCCAAAGCAAAACAAACAUCCCUGAUUUUGCACCUUUGCGCGCUGCUCAUGUAAUCUACCCCCGGUUUUUAAUGUGUUGUUUUGAUAUUGUGUCCUCUUUUGGCUUUGUGCAUCAUCCGCAGCAACAAAACAACACCCCGAGGCCACUUCCAGAAACAGCGAUUGUCGUGCUGAGAGAAGAGAAAUCCAGUCCAUUUUAUGUUACAGCUCGCCACGUUUUCACCAAUGAGGCUCAUGUAAACAGGACACACAUCCCUCUGUGUUCUCUCACAUCUCGUCUGCUGUAAACAAAGACAAAAUUAUGAAACAAGUGUGAGCAGGGAGAAGUAGAAGAGAUUACAGCGGACAAAUACCCAGAAGUCAAUAAGCAGAAAAAACAAACAGGAGACCACAAUGCACUGCUGCUGAAGUGCCGGCUGCAGACUUUCCACUGCAAUCCAUACUGGGACCAUCUUCUACACCUGCCAGUCAGACCAAACAGUUCAUGUCAGAAGCCAGCAAAAUGUCAAAUCCAUAAAACUCGCUUUCUGGUUUACGUGGCCAGAAAAUCUGAAUUUUGGGCAGAGCUGAGUUGUGACAAGCAAGCCGCAACCUGAGACGGCUUUCUAACAGGGUAACAUGCCCUUAACUCACCAAAUUCGACAUUCUCAAGAACAAUUACAACUGACUUUGUAUUAUUGAGAAAAUUUACUUUCCCAAUUGAUCAUCCUCGUUUUGUAGUCAGUAUCUGGUGGUCAUAUUAUGAACUACAUCUUAAACACCUUCCACACCGGCUCGGGACGACUACAAGACAACCAGACUGUCACACACUUUUAUUCCAGUUCACUCAAAGCUGCACUUGGCAACUCAGACUACUACAAACACAGAUCAGAGAGUCUGAACUUCAGUACUGAGAAAUCUUGUCAGGUGAUGUCACUAAACCGCACACAGCAAGCUCACUGGGCCUCAUUCACCACUCUUUAAUUUUUACUUAAAUUUGCUCUUAAGAAAAGUCGACAUCAGAUUGAUUGCAUGUUCUUAAACCACAAAAUUAUGCGCACUUGUGUUUUUAUAAGGAUGAAUCCCCUUGUUCUUCUAAACCGGACGUGCGUGCCAGUUGACCCUGAUUAGCAGGUAAAUGUCCUGCCAAUCCACAUUUAAAGGGCAUGACCCUGCAGGGCCGUGUGCACACUAAGGGUGGGAAUCACUAGAGGCACCACGAUGCAGAAGUACGAUACAAGAUUAUUGCGAUUUUAAACAUGUUAUGAUAUGCUGAGUAUUGCGAUAUAUUAUCUUUUUUUAGUGGCAAAUUAUGGCCUCAAAAAGGAAAACUCUGUCGUCAUCAACAGUUUUAUCAAAUAAAAUUAAGUGGUCAGUCUUUUCAUCUCACUUAAGUCAUUUUAUUGCAGCAAAAUGUACGUAGCGGACUGAGUUAGCUGCCAAAAAAAUUGUUUUUUGUCUGUGUAAUGAUACCAUAUUGCCACACAAAAAUAUCGCAAUAAUAUGCUGUAUCGAUAUCGUCUCCCACCCCUAGUGCACACACAGAAACUGAAAAGUUUCGUGAAGUUAAGAGUGUCCGAAUGAAAGUCUAAAGAGGGUGGAGCACUGGACUCCACACGUUAAAAAUAAAAUGUAGAGGUUCCUCUGCAGGAAAUGAACGCCAAACAAGUCAUAUAGCGUCAGAAGUGCAUAUAUAAACAGAAAGCAACACAAAGUGCUUCAUACAAUAAAAAUAAUAGACCAUUAAGAGCUUUAUAAACCAAUAAAAGGAUCUUAAAAUCAAUUCCGAAGCACACAGGAAGCUAAUGCAGACGUUAAAUUUGGUGUAAUGUGUGCUCUCUUUCCUCGUCAGCACACGUGUAGCUAGCACUGUAGAGUUUUGUAGUAACUGUAACUGAGCAAUGUCUUUCUUAGGAAGACCAGGAAGUAGAGCAUUACAGUAGUCAAUUCUGCAGGUGAUGAAAGCAUGCAUUAGUGUCUCUGUAUUGGCUUGAGAGAGAAAUGGUCGCACUCUGGUGAUGUUCUUAAGAUGAUAAAAUCCAGUUUUGGUUAUACUUCUAGUAUGUGGUUCAAAACUGAGAUUUGAAUCAAAGAUAAGUGUUAGAAUUUUUCACUUGUUGACAGGCUUGUAGUGCCAGUUCUUGUGUUGAGUUUCUCUCUCUGAGCUUCAGGACCAAUAACUAAGACCUCGGUUUUGUCCUGGUUGAGAUGAAGAAAGUUUUCUGCCAUCCAGGGCUUGAUAACUAAAAUACACCCAAAAAAAAGAUUAAUGGGAUGCUAUUAUUCAUUCAGUGAAUGCUGUAUCCAGAGAACGGUGCACAACUGAUGAAGAAAAAACAACAAAAAAAAAAAAAGGAUCCAUUACAAAUCUGAGGCCAGAAGAAUAAAUAGCGUAAUCAAUCACUAAAUACUGGAUGACUUGGUUCCAGUUCAAUGUUUUUAAUGUUUAAUGUUUAGUGUUUAUUUCUUAAGAUAUAAUAAAAGUGUUACUGUAAUUUAAAUCCUGCAUUAUUAUACAACUGUAGAAUUGAAAAAAAAAAAAGCACUCACAUGCGUAAUUGUGCUCCUUAGUGUGUGUGAGAACAACUCCAAAAUAAGAAAUAAUCGGUAAAUGUCAAACUGCGUUUAAAGAAAGUACAUCUUGGUGAAUGAGGCCCUUUAUGUUUUCAAAGCCAGCCAGUACCCCAAAAUAGGGAGCGCUUGCUGUCUGCUGUGAUAAAGUUUUGUCACAUCACCUAGUUUGGUGUGAGAAGUGACUGUUCAUAACACAAGACGAAAUAUAUGGAAAAAAAGUUGAACUUUUCAGAGUUUUGAUUGGGAAAAAAAAAGUUAUUCUCAGUGUCAGUUGCAGCCUAACACCUAUAUAACAUCUCAUUCUGCUACACAUGUGCCAGUCAUCAACACUUACAUCUGGGGCAUCUUUUUCUUCUGUGUUUUAAUGUCAGACCGUCGCAUAUUCUCCCUGAUGUUGUUGUUUACACGAACCUGCUGCCUUCUACCAUCUCUCCUCUCUACCUGCAACUGUUGAUGCCCCCUAGUGGUGCAACAGAGGCAUUGCUGACCUGCAGUGUUAAGUUGAGAUUAAUUCCUACACAUUGCUUUUUAUUUGUGUUUUUCUGAGGCAUAUUCCAUUUUCGUUGUUUUCCUUACAUGUUUCCUCCGUCUUCUUAGGUCAUCUUUAUACUCCUGAGUUUACACUCCUCAAACACUACAAGCAAAUGUGAAAGGAGCCUCGUCACUGUAUGUUAGCGAGCCAUUCAGCAGGCUGGUCACAGGCUUCAUAGAGAUAUUUAUAUGACCGCAGAUGUGCAGGUUGACUGAGGUUUGAGGAUGAUGAAGAGGAUAACGGAUGUGUUACGAAGAUGAUAUCAUGUUUCUGUUUGUAUUUACCGUUUAUAUUUACUAACAUGUACGACAAACCUCAUAACAGCGAGAUUAACAAGCUCUGCACACUACUUACUGUGCACUUGAACUGUUUCCUAACUAUACUGACCACGUCUUUCUGUUGAUUAUUUAUGAUUAUCAUUUGUAACUAACGACACUGUACAGCACACGGGACCACACAUGAGUUUAUUUCUUUUAUGUCCAUCACGUCAGGUCGAGUUAAGCAGUGCGGAGGUCUUUGAGAUGCCUUGAAACUGUGUGUUAUGGGAAGGGAAAUGGCCUUACACGAGUACUUCGCCCACAAAAUGACCAUUUGUGUGUAUAUGUGUGUGUGUGCUGCAUGUUACCUUGAGUUUGUGAAGAAAACUGUUUUUCUCGCAUUCCUCCACGAUGAGCGGAGAAUCUAAAAAAAAGAGAACAUUCACAACAUGUGAUGCACGUUCAACAACAGCUAAACCAUGUAAAAACAUCUUUUUACAAGCGGCCCAUAGGAGUCGCCGAUAUGGCUCUAAAAUAAUAUCACCAUAUUUCAGGGUAUUUUUGUGAUAACGAUAAUGACAAAAUGACAAAUUAAUUUUAAAAAUGUGUUAUUAAUAGAAUUGCAGCAAACUGAGUGAUAUAGUUUUACAGUUUGCCUUCAAAUAUUCAGUAAAAACUAAACAAAAAUGAUCUCGCAUUUAACAACAAAAUAACAAAAUAAAAUCUACCACAAAUUACACAUUUAAACAGCUCCCAAAUAAAUGUCCCCUGGGAUCUAUAUAUAUAAAUCAACAGGUGAUUUCCUUCUUUUAGCAAAAUCCUAAAUGACUGAGUUGGGGGUUUUUUUCCACCUGGACCUUU